AUGGCUCGUAGAUUCUUUAACGGAAUCAGGCCAGAUAUAAAGGGAAUGUUGCACGCUGUGACAUACAGAAGCGUCACAGAAGUGGAAGAGAGAGCGGUGAGUGUUGAGGAGGCCAUUGAGAUGGAAAAAGAGAUUAUGGCCCGAGAGAAAAAGAAGGAACCAGUGCAGCAGAAUAAGGUUGUGAAUCUUCGGAAGGUGAAUCAAUUUGCAGAACGAAACUGGAGCGCAAGCCAUGGUAAGGUCAAUAUGACUGUCAACCAAGAAGGACGUACAGUGAGCAACAUGGAUCCUAGGGGAUGCUAUGUGUGUGGUCAACUUGGGCAUUUUGCUCGAGCUUGUCCAACCGUUGUGGAAAUUAAGAAUACCAGUCUUUCGUCCGUCACAUGUUUCUACUAUGGCGAGAUGGGACACUAUGCGACCUCAUAUCCAUCGAAGUCGACCAAACUGAACGCCCAAACUGAACGCCCAAACUGUGAACCGUGCCCAGCCAGUGCAGCAAGCGAAGGAACCCCCAGCAAAGAACUUUUGCAUUGCAUUUUUAUAUUUGCCUUCCAUUUAGGAACAUUACUUGUUGGUGGUAACCCCACACAUGUAUUGUUCGAUUCGGGAGCGUCCAAUAGUUUUGUGACUCCUGAAGUGGCCGACAAGUUCAGAGAUUUGUGUGAAGAAGAGGAAGUGAACAUCAACGUCUACACCGCUGGAUACAACCUCCCGGUGAAUCCUCUAGUGAUGCAGUUGGAGAGGUUCGAUGCUAUAUUUGAAAAUGGAGGAAGGACACCUCAAGUUUUCAACGGAAUUAGCCCAAGUAAGAUGGCAUACUUCGCAUCGACAAUAAGGAUUGGAAGAUCGUUCGAUAAAGAGAAUAUUUACCUAGUCACUCUUACCGCCAUGGGAGGAGAUGACAAGGAAGACAAGGGAGUGGAGGCCAUCGAAGUAGUCAAGGACUAUGAAGACGUAUUCAGGUCGUUAGAAGGAUUUCCUCCACCAAGAAACCAUCCUUUUACCAUAAAUCUUGAGCCCGAAGCUGCCCCGAUUGCUAAAGCACCGUAUCGCAUGGCACCAGCCGAGUUGGCUGAACUCAAGACUCAGUUAGAGGAUUUGUUGGAGAAGGGUUUUAUUCGACCGAGUUCAUCGCCAUGGGGAGCCCCAAUGCUAUUUGUCAAGAAGAAGGACGGAAGCAUGCGUUUGUGUAUUGAUUACCGAGGAAUCAAUAACAUAACCAUCAAGGAAAAGUAUCCGUUGCCACGGAUUGAUGACCUGUUAGAUCAACUCAGAGCAGCAAGUUGGUUUUCGAAGAUUGGUUUAGCCUCCGGCUACCAUCAAAUCUCGAUUGUAGAACAAGAUGUGAUGAAGACUGCCUUUCAAACAAGAUAUGGCCAGUAUGAGUUCAUGGUAAUGCCGUUUGGACUUACCAAUGCACCAACAUCAUUCAUGCGUUUAAUGAAUGAGAUUUUCCAUGAUUAUUUGGCUCGAUUCGUGAUAAUAUUCAUCGAUGGCAUCCUUAUAUAUUCACAGAGUGCAGAGGAGCAAGCAACCCAACGCUAA